UUUCCUCGGUUAAUUCACCCCUCCUCCGUGUGAUCUCCGAGGCUUGUUAAAUGAGAAAACGCGCCCUGUCCAAGCCGAAGAGCCGCGGCGCACCUUCAGUUCCACGGGUACGGACACGGUAUUAGAUCACUGCUGUAAGAGUUGAGUCCUCGUAACGCGACGGAGCAGUGCAACAGAAGCCUGAAACUUUUCUUUUAUUAUUUCCGUGGAUUUCGUGCUUUCGCCACCGUGGAGUUGUCAUCGCUGCUGGCGCGCCGUCUUUCAAUCUACUCAUACGUGGAUAAGCGGAAAGGCACCUCCCAGCCGCACACAGGCUCUGAAGUAAAGUCCCCCUCAAUAUACAAUAUGCAUUACAGGUCUAGCACCGUCCUGUAGCUGAAGAGGGUCCCUCGCCUUGUCCAGCGGGCCCCGUAGUUUCCAGUUCCGUCACUGGACGCCAUCUGUGCCCGAUCAUGCCCAGACAUUUAUCAAGAAACUUGCUGGACCUGGUGGCUGCGUCUUAAGUGGAUUUGUUUUGGGGGUAUGGUGGUGGCCCUAUUCCUAAAUGCGCAGAGAAGUGAAAGAAGAGUAACUGAGUGACAUUACACCAACAAGGAGAACAAUAACACAACGAAUUGCAAAAAAUUAUAAUAAGCUAAAGAAAAUUCGAUGUUUGAUCAGGCCACGAGUAUGGGCGAUGGGGUCGCCGAGGACAGAAACCACCACUGUGGCUCCAACUCGCUGUGCCGUGACCGGGCAAGAGACUCCAAAAACCGGACUGAUUUGGGGAGUCGAUCUCCGGUGCAAAGCACUACCGAUACCCCGGGGACAUCCGCGUCUACACCGACCUCCUCAAGUGAAGACGGGCACGACAAACUUUUAGGAGUGGACCCGGACUACUGCAGGCGAAUUUUAGUUAGAGAUGCCAAAGGCACCAUCCGGGAGAUUGUGCUGCCAAAAGGCCUCGACCUCGACAGGCCCAAACGCACGCGCACCUCCUUCACUGCAGAGCAGCUGUAUCGGCUCGAGCUUGAGUUCCAACGCUGUCAGUACGUGGUGGGCCGCGAGCGCACAGAACUGGCGCGCCAAUUAAACCUCUCCGAAACUCAGGUGAAGGUGUGGUUCCAAAAUCGCCGUACCAAGCAGAAGAAGGACCAGACCAAGGACACAGACAAGCGCUCGGGCUCCUCGUCCGAGUCGCUGGCCACCUGCAACAUCCUGCGCCUGCUGGAACAGGGCCGCCUGCUCUCCGUGCCGGCCCCUCCUCCGCCCAAUCCGCUGCUCGGGCCCUCCGCCGGCCACCAUCACCACGGCAACGGCUCCCUGCUGGGCAGCCCCGUGUCGUCGUCGUCCUCGCCGCCGGGCGUGGUCAGCACGUCCACGCCGCCGUCCGCCUCUGCCUUCGGGCUGUCGCUGUCCUCGCUGGGCGGCGCGCCGCCCUCACCGCGCCUGGGCGUGCCGCCGCCGUCCCUCUGCUUCACCAUGCCGCUGCUGACCGCCGGUCACCACGAGCUGCCCAUCGCGUACGGCUGCGGCUCCUCGGCCUUCGAGCCGUACACGCGCCUGGAGCGCAAGGAGCCCGACAUGGGCGGCAAGAAGAGCGUCUCCUAAAGAUGGGCCUCUCUGUGACCGCAGAUGCCCACUACAGCCCCUUAACACCCCAACACACACACACACACACACACACACACACACACACACACACACACACACACACACAACUUUCAUCACUCAUUCCACUCCUCUGGCUGAGUGAAGCACUGAGGAGGAGGAGGAGGAGGAGGAGGAUUGUUGGAUGAGGAGGAGGAUGAGAACAGGCUUGCAGGAGGGAGGUCCACUCAACAGACUCACAAGAGAAAGGGAGAGAGACUGAGAGACAGAAAGGAAGAGAGACUGAGAGACAGAAAGAAAGGAAGAGAAAAGACUACAGCUUCUGCUCCCCACAUCUCAAUGUGCUCCAUUGCUGCUGUGACUCGCCAGCUACUGGGACUAACCCUGGACUGACUAAUGGAUUUAUGAGAAAAGAUAAAAGAUAAUGUAUGUGUUUGUGUCUUUACGGGCAUGUGUGUGUGUGUGCUAUAAGAGGAGAGUGUUUUCUCUUAAGUUAUCUCAGCUACCCCUUGGUGUGUCGCUGUGUGUAUCCUUCUUCUCCACUGUUCCUCGUGCAUAUGGCUGAUGAUUGUAA